CAUUUUACGUUUACUUUUUUUCUCUCUUUUAUAGCGUCAAUCUUUUAUUUUGAAGACAACAGAGAAAAGAGAUUCGUAUUAUUCAUUCGUUCGCGUAUUUGAUCCUUUUCUCUAAUCUCCGAUCUCUCUAUCUACUUUUAUGUAAUUGCAUCUGCUGAUUUCAACCCAUCACAGCUAUCAUCAUAUCUUAAUUUUUUGGUUGGAUAAUAAGACCAAUCAUCACAGCAAGGAUAGGAACCCUUCCUCACAUGAGCUUUUGCCAUUUAUGAAAUGUCGGCGUUACUUAAUUCUUCUCUAAACGGAUCAGCUUCAAAUCUUCCAGAUACCACGGGACGAUCUUUUGCUACAUCCUUCUCUGGUCAGUCUGGUGCAGCAUCUCCUGUUUUUCAUCACAGUGGAACUUUUCAAGGGCUGCAUAAUAUUCAUGGGAGCUUUAAUGUACCCAACAUGCCAGGAACACUUGCAUCAAGAAACUCCACAGUGAACAACAUUCCUUCGGGCGGGGUUCAACAACCAACUGGAAGUCUCUCCGGUGGAAGGUUUGCAUCCAAUAAUCUUCCUGUUGGUCUCUCUCAGUUGUCACAUGGUAGUUCCCAUGGACAUUCAGGGGUUACAAAUAGAGGAGGUAUAAGCGUUGUAGGAAAUCUGGGAUAUGGUAGUAACACAAAUGGAAUUGGUGGUUCUAUACCUGGAAUUCUCCCAGCCUCUGCUGGAAUAGGUAACCGGAAUGCUGUUCCAGGUUUGGGGGUAUCCCAAAUUUUGGGUAAUACAGGUCCAAGGAUUACGAGUCCUGGAGGGACCAUGGUAUCUGGUGGGAACAUUGGGAGAAGCUUAAGCACAGGUGGAGGACUAUCUGUCCCUGGUCUUGCAUCUCGUCUGAAUUUAACUGCAAAUAGUGGAUCUAGCAGUUUAAGUUUGCAAGGACAAAAUAGAUUAAUGGGUGGUGUGCUUUCACAAGGAAAUCCACAGGUAAUUCCUAUGUUAGGAAACUCAUACCAUACUGCUGUUGGUCCUCUUUCCCAAAGCCAUGUACCGGGUGUGAACAAUCUCAGCUCUAUGGGAAUGGGAAUGUUGAAUGAUGUGAACUCCAAUGACAUUUCCCCUUUCGACAUUAACAAUGAUUUCCCUCAGUUGACAAGUCGUCCUAGUUCUGCUGGAGGGCCUCAAGGUCAAUUGGGUUCACUACGAAAACCUGGUAUAGGAGGUAGUCCCAUUGUUCAACAAAGCCAAGAGUUCAGCAUUCAGAAUGAAGAUUUUCCAGCUUUACCUGGAUUUAAAGGUGGUAAUGCUGAUUAUACAAUGGAUAUGCAUCAGAAAGAACAACUGCAUGAUAAUACUAUCUCAAUGAUGCAAUCUCAGCACUUCUCUAUUGGAAGAUCUGCUGGGUUCAACUUAGGAGACACUUACUCAUCAUAUCGUCCUCAGCAGCAGCAGCAGCAGCAACAGCAACAGCAACACUCCCCUGCUGUCAGUAGUAGCAUCUCUUUUGCAUCUAUAAACAAUCAAGAUCUACAUGAUUCAGAAAUAUUUCCUUCUUCGCAUUCGGCCUAUCACCCACAGACAAGUGGACCACCUGGACUUGGUCUGAGACCUUUAAAUUUGCCAAAUACAGUAUCUAGUGUUGGAUCAUACGACCAGCUCAUCCAGCAGUAUCAACACCCAAGCCAUUCCCAGUUUCGACUACAACAAAUGUCGGCUGUCAAUCAACCAUUUAGAGAUCAGGGCAUAAAAUCCAUGCAGGCAGCACAAUCUGCGCCUGAUCCAUUUGGGUUACUUGGCUUGUUAAGUGUUAUAAGGAUGAAUGAUCCUGAUCUGACCUCCCUGGCACUUGGGAUUGAUUUGACCACGCUUGGAUUGAAUUUGAAUUCAACAGAAAAUCUUCACAAGACUUUUGGCUCCCCAUGGUCUGAAGAGCCCGCUAAGGGUGAUCUUGAGUUCAAUGUUCCAAAAUGCUAUUAUGCUAAGCCACCACCUCCACUGGAUCAUCUUUACUUUUCAAAAUUCUCGACAGAAACAUUGCUUUAUGCAUUUUACAGCAUGCCAAAAGAUGAAGCUCAACUACAUGCUGCCAACAUACUUUAUGAAAGAGGCUGGUUGUACCACAAGGAGCAACGGCGUUGGUUAAAAAGAGUACCGAACACAGAGCCACUUGUUAAAACGAGCGCAUAUGAGAGAGGGUCUUACCAUUGUUUUGAACCAAAUACAUUUGAGAUAAAGCUCCAGGAAAAUUUCGUUCUCUAUUAUGAGAUGGUGGAAAAGAGACCGAGCCUACCACAUCAUUAACUAGUGUUCUAAUUUGACAUGUAAAGUUCUGGUCAUGUGUCGUUGACAUGGUCAAUUUGCAGAUUAGUGUUUGCUUGAAUUUGGUAGUUUUUAGCAAUUGUGUAGCCAUCUUGUUGCAGGUAUCGGUCUGUUUAACCAUGUAUAUUUUGGUAGUGAUUGGCUAAUAGUUUUUUGGCAAA